AUGGCGGGGCUGGAGGCUCUGCCCCCGUGCAGGGAGGAAGAUGCGACGUGCAUCCCUGCAACCUUCCCACUGGUCCUUCGCUGCCUCCCGUUCCUCCUCUGCUUGGCAGAGACCUUGCCAGACCUGGCUCCGGGGCAGCACGCAAGCCUCAUACCCUGGGCCCCGAGAUGGGCUUGGAACAUCCUCAACGGGCAGCAUCUGGCCCCCGAAGUCUCCCUGUGCCCUCAGCCAAGGGGUGGUGGGAGCGGCAAGGUGCCCCCAGCAGCCUGGGUGAAGGGGUCUGGAGGUUUUCAGAUCCAGCACCGAGAGGAGACCCCUGAAUCCAGCCCCUGCCUAACGCGGCUGUGCUCUCCCAUUGCAGAGAAGACGGGGAAGGUGCUGGGGGAGUUUUGCCGGUGCUACAAGGAGCAGUACGGCGUAGCUCUCUUCAACAGCGUCCGCUAUGAGAUCGAAGGCAACGGAGGGCCACAGGCCCAGCUGCUCCACCGCAAGGUCCCACUGGAGGACCACGUCAUCUACUCGGGCAACCUUUUCCAGUACAUCGAGGAGAACAAGAAGUGGAGGAACCGCUUCUGUGUGGUCCCGCACAACUACGGCUUGGUCCUCUAUGAGAACAAACUGGCCUAUGAGCGGGACCUGCCGCCCCGCGUAAUGGUCAACAGCGCCGGCUACAAGAUCCUCACCUCCGUGGACCAGUACCUGGAGCUGGUGAACAGCAGCCUGCCUGGGAGCCCUGGGCGAAGGCAGCAGCACCUGCUCCUCCACCCAGACUCCCAGGAGGACCGGCCACCACCCCGCUCACCGUCCUCCUGCCCUGGGUCCCUAAAGGCCAGGGCAGCCCCCAGGGAGCGGGGCAGGAGCUGCAGAAACAGCUCGCCUAGGGCAGCGAGCCCCUUUGCUGGUUCGGGGCACGGGCACAACGGCAGCGGGGGGCAGUACGGCACCUGGGACAUGCGGUGUGGCAACGAAACCCAGGUCCUGAGCAACCUGGUGAUGGAGGAGCUGCUCCCCGAGCUGAGGACCACCAUCGGCCCCCGGCUGAAGGGCAAGGCUCAGGAGCGCCAGCGGACCUGGAUCCAGAUCUCGGAUGCCGUCUAUAGGAUGGUCUAUGAGCAGACCAAGGCCCAGUACGAUGCAGAGAUGGCCAAGUGCGAACAGGAGCGGCCCCAGAUGGAGGGCACCAUCCGCACGGACAUGGACCAGAUCAUCACUUCGAAGGAGCACUUGGCCAGCAAGAUCCGAGCAUUUGUCCUCCCCAAAGCGGAGGUCUGUGUCCGUAAUCACGUCCAGCCCUACAUCUCCUCCAUCCUGGAGGCCCUGAUGACCCCCACAAGCCAGGGCUUUGCUGAGGUGCGGGAGGUGUUCUUCAAGGAGGUGACGGACAUGAACAUGAACAUCGUCAACGAGGGUGGCCUGGAGAAGCUGGUGGAGUACAUGGAGAAGCUUUCCCACCUGGCCUUCCACCCCGUCAAGAUGCAGUCGUGCUAUGAGAAGAUGGAGCAGCUGAAACUGGAGGGCCUUCAGCAGCGAUUCGAUGUCUCCAGCACGUCAGUCUUCAAGCAGAGGGCCCAGAUCCACAUGAGACAGCAAAUGGACGAUGCCGUGUACACGUUUGAGACGCUGCUCCAUCAGGAGCUGGGGAAGCUGCAGGGCAAAGACGACUUGUGCAAGUCCAUCCAGCGCAUCCUCGAGAGGGUGCUCAAGAAAUAUGACUACGACAGCAGCACCCUGGCGCCGACCUGCAAGGGGGAGUUAGCCAAGUUUCAGGAGCUGAUCUUUGAGGACUUUGCCAGCUUCAUCCUGGUGGAGAACACUUACGAGGAGGUCGUGCUACAGUCGGUGAUGAAAGACAUCAUGCAAGCUGUGAAGGAGGCGGCCGUGCAGCGGAAGCACAACCUGUACCGCGACAGCAUGGUCAUGCACAACAGCGAUCCCAACCUGCACCUCCUGGGCGAGGGCAUCCCCAUCGACUGGGGCGAGGAGUACAGUGGGCAGCCAGAGGCCGAGCCGGCUGCUGACAAGCGCCGCAGGGCCAAGCAAGUGGUGUCAGUGAUCCAAGACGAUGAGGGGGUCCUGCCCUACAAGGUGGACGCCGAGGCGCUGCUGCAGCCUGGCUCCCCGGAGCCACGGGAGACGGAGGAGCCGGACCCUGGGGCACCGCCGAGCUCCCCAGAUGGGGUGGAGGAGAUCCGGGAGGCGCUGGCGAAGGAGAGCCUCGGGGAUGGUGUCAAGGCAGAGGAGCGGCUGACGAACGCAUCACCCGCUCCCGGAGCCGAGACCCCAUCACCGUCUGCCGGGAUGGCUUGCCACCAGUCCAGUGACAAGGAGACAGGUGAGGAGGUGGCCCCUCCAGGCGGCGAGUGCAGCCCCCCGCAGCCUGCGGACACGACGGAGAGCGGCGAGGGGGGGCAGACUGAGUUCUAG